CCCCCAGAUUCGCCUCGUUGAAAGUCAAAGCCAGACUGGAUCCGAGGAUCAGCCCACAGAAGAACCAACCAGGUCGUACCACCACCAUCCGUCAUAUGAUCGCUGACUCCCUUCUCCCACUGGCACAGAGAAGCACAGGGAGGGAUCGCCUGUUUCGCAUCGUCUGUUUGGCUGUUUGUCCUCUGCCUCGUCCACGGUAGAACAAUGUCUCGUCACUCCCAGUGUUCCGGGCCAACAUUUGCGGGCUUCCCCGUCCUCUCCCAAGUCUCAACGCUAUAUAACCCUCUUCCUUCCCUCACCCUCUCCAGGCCCAUUUCUUUCUCUCCUCACAGCUUUCGAGGGCUUCUCCCUUCGUCCAACUACUCUACCACUCUCCAACCGUAUCUCAACCAACUCACACACACUGACCAUCAUCAUGGACUCAGCUACCAUGGACAAGUACAACUCCCAAUGGGUGCAGUUCCACAUCCGGGACCACCUUGACAAGGGAGAGAUCUCCGUCCGUCACACCGUCAUCGAGGGCGGAGACUUCCACGACCCUGACUCCAACAAAGCCAUGACCGAAGACGACGUCGACGAGCUCCGCAUCCCCUCCUACGGCGUCGGCGAGAUCUGUGCCCGCGGCCGCCGCGGCAGCGAAGGCCGCCUCGACCUCUUCCACGGCGAGGACAAGAUCUGCGAGCUGCACUGGGACAACCGCCAGGGCAAUUGGGUCAACCUCGUCGAGGUGCUGGACGGAAAUGACAAGUACAGAGUCGAGCAUGGGGGAUGGAGCCCAGAGGCAGGACCUCUGGGCCAUGUCUACGUGGACAUUAUGCAGCAACAGGCUGCACAGGCUGCUGCGGAGCAGCAGAAGAAGUAGUGCCACACAAGCAUGGGUGGUGUUCUCCGGUGUUGUGUGUUUCUCGGGGUUUGUUGUCUUUUUUCUCUUUUUGUUGACUGUUUUUGAAUCUACGAUUCUGGGAACGUAGUCGGGCGGGACCUGUGGAGUGGGUGAGUUGAUUUGAAUCGUUGA